GUAAAACGAAGUAAAGAGACGCCAAGAAAAACGAACGACGAAUGAAAGCAAAAUGCUUUGUUUAAAAUGUUUAUUCUUUAGCUCUGAAUCGAUUUAAGAUUUAAGUGUUAAGACAGACACUGAUCGUGGGUAAAAUUGGGUCUAGGUAAUGCAACACGUUGGGCACUCAUAACAGUUGUACAAUAUGGGAUUUUAUUGUUGUAUUUUUUUAUUUUAUUUUUAAUGACGCACAAAGGAUCCACACUCCAGUCCGAUAGAUGGCGGUAAUAUCAUCCCACCUUUCAAAUCAAGUCAUCCGAAGAAAAUGUUGUUAACGCCACCUUCCUGCGACGACGAAGCUGAUUAUACGCUACCGUCGCUAUUCGUCUGUCGACAACGAUUGAAAGAGAAAAGGGCUUUCUGAGCCGUUAAAAUGGGGAAAAGGGAGAAAGGGGAUCGAGAGAAGAAGUCCAAAAAGCGUUUCUAUGAGGAGGACGAAGAUGAAGACGACGUGGUGGGUGGCAAGUCGCAGGAUGCCAUACCAGCUGCUGCGGGGAAACAAGUGGAUGAAUCCACCACCAAGAUGGAUGAAUAUGGAGCCAAAGAUUAUCGUAGUCAGAUGCUUCUAAAGAAUGACCACUCCUCACGACCCCUCUGGGUGGCUCCAGAUGGACACAUCUUUCUUGAAGCCUUUUCACCAGUAUAUAAGUAUGCGCAGGAUUUCUUGGUGGCCAUUGCAGAGCCGGUGUGCAGGCCCAGCCACAUCCACGAGUACAAACUAACAGCGUAUUCACUGUAUGCAGCAGUCAGUGUGGGGCUGCAGACUUCUGACAUAGUGGAAUAUCUGCAGAAACUCAGCAAGACCUCUGUGCCGGAUGGAAUUGUGCAGUUUAUUAAGCUGUGCACUGUGAGCUAUGGCAAAGUCAAGCUGGUGCUCAAGCAUAACAGGUAUUUUGUUGAGAGCACAUUCCCUGAUGUGAUUCAACAUCUCCUGCAGGACGAAAAGAUCCGAAAAUGUCGCCUAUGUGCUCCUGAUGGCACAGACGGCGAGUUGAUUACUGAGGUCAUCCACAGCAAGUCAGCGAUCUCCAAGUCUGUUGAGGACAAAGGAGGUCCUUCCACCUCACAGCAGCCCGCUGAUGGUCAAACUUCGGUCCAACAGGUCCCUGAGGACAUCUUCAGUUACUAUGAACAGAUGGAUAAGGAGGAAGAGGAGGAGGAAGAGACUCAGGCCGUGUCGUUUGAGAUUCAACAGGAUAUGAUUGAGGCGCUACAAAAGCGCUGCAUUGAGCUGGAAUACCCGCUCCUUGCGGAGUACGACUUUCGGAAUGAUACAGUCAACCCAGAUAUCAACAUCGACCUGAAGCCGACUGCUGUACUACGACCCUAUCAGGAAAAAAGUCUGCGUAAGAUGUUUGGCAAUGGACGCGCUCGCUCCGGAGUCAUUGUGCUGCCCUGUGGAGCGGGAAAGUCUCUAGUGGGCGUGACAGCAGCGUGCACAGUCCGCAAACGUUGCCUGGUAUUGGGUAACUCCUCUGUGUCAGUGGAGCAGUGGAAGUCCCAGUUCAAGAUGUGGUCGACUAUCGACGACUCUCAAAUAUGCCGCUUCACCUCCGACGCCAAGGACAAGCCCAUCGGUUGCUCGGUGGCCAUCAGCACCUACUCUAUGCUGGGCCACACCACCAAGCGCUCGUGGGAAGCUGAGAGGGUCAUGGAGUGGAUGAAAAGCCAAGAGUGGGGUCUGAUUAUCCUCGAUGAAGUGCACACUAUUCCUGCCAAAAUGUUUCGAAGUGUACUGACCAUCGUCCAGGCACACUGCAAACUGGGCCUCACUGCUACUCUAGUUAGGGAGGAUGACAAGAUUGUGGACCUCAACUUCUUAAUUGGGCCAAAGCUUUAUGAAGCCAACUGGAUGGAGUUGCAGAGCAAUGGCUACAUAGCCAAAGUCCAGUGCGCAGAGGUGUGGUGCCCGAUGUCUCCAGAGUUUUACAGAGAGUACGUGGCCAUCAAAACUAAGAAGCGCAUCUUGCUUUAUACCAUGAAUCCCAAUAAAUUCCGGGCUUGCCAAUUUCUCAUUCGCUUUCAUGAGCGGCGCAAUGACAAGAUCAUUGUCUUUGCUGAUAAUGUCUUUGCCUUGAAAGAAUAUGCAAUUCGCCUUAACAAGCCCUACAUUUAUGGGCCAACCUCCCAAGGGGAACGUAUGCAGAUCUUGCAGAACUUCAAACACAACCCAAAGAUCAACACAAUUUUCAUCUCCAAGGUUGGAGACACCUCAUUUGACUUGCCAGAAGCCAAUGUUCUCAUCCAAAUCUCCUCUCAUGGUGGGUCACGGAGGCAGGAAGCCCAGAGGCUUGGUCGAGUUUUAAGAGCCAAGAAAGGAAUGGUUGCAGAGGAGUACAACGCAUUCUUUUAUUCGCUGGUGUCUCAAGACACCCAGGAGAUGGCAUACUCCACCAAGAGACAGAGGUUUCUAGUGGACCAGGGCUACAGCUUUAAGGUGAUCACACAGUUGGCAGGAAUGGAGGAAGAAGAUUUGAUGUUCUCCACCAGAGAGGAUCAGCAACAACUCCUCCAAAAGGUUCUGGCUGCAUCUGAUCUGGAUGCUGAGGAGGAAACUGUGGCAGGGGAGGUGGGCACCAGGCCACAGUUUUCACGGCGAACAGGGACCAUGAGCUCCAUGUCUGGUGCUGAUGACACAGUCUAUAUGGAAUAUCAGGGCAAAAGCAAAGCGUCUCUGGGCAAGGGCAUCCAUCCGCUCUUCAAGCGCUUCAGGAAGUAGAUGGGCUGACUUUACCAUUAGCCACUGGAAGGUGGCGUGAAGAGGCCACAGCGGUCAGCACAUCAGCCUCACACUUCCGAGGGUGGGAGUUCAAAUCCGGGCUUCGGCCUUCCUGUGCGGAGUGUGCAUGUCCUCCCCGUGCUUGCGUGGAUUUUUCUCCAACAUUCCCAAAACAUGCGUGCAGGUUCAUAGACGUCUACGACAAUCUCUUGUAGUAGCAACAUGUGACCACUAAUGGGAGACAUUGACCUUGUUAAAACAGAUCACGUUACUGUUCCUCGAGGACCGAAAGGAGACAAAAUAAAUGUAGAAAAAAAAAUACCCGUCCCUUUAAUUGAAACUAUCUGCACCCUAUUAAUAUAUAUAUAUUAUAAUUAAAAAAAAAAUAAAUUAAUUCUAAUUCAUUGUUUCAAUCAGCUUUAUUUGAUCGUCCAAAUUAUAGAAAAAAAAAUGUUUUAGAUGGUAAACGUCCAUAAAAAUAAAAACAAAUACCAAUAUGCAAAAUAGAACCUGGUCGUAAACUAGUCUUCACAUCUUUGUGCUGUUUAAUUUAGACUGAAUACGAAAAUCCAUUUAUUUCUUUAAAAUGUUGCCAAGCAUAAAUUCAACACAGAAAAGUAUUGUAUGUGCACCGUGUAUUAGUAAACAUUUUUGGAGAAUUUAGCUACAGUACAUCCUAGGGCAGUUAUUUCUGCUGAGAAACUGAACAAUUAAUACUAAUCUUUAACACAAACAUUGGAUAGAAUAUGUGCAGAUAAGACACGAUAGUAGACUAGUGAACUUGCAUGCAGUCAGUAUUCCACAUCAUUCUUACAACUGUAUCAUAUUUAAGAUUAAUUUGUAAAUAAAUGCUAAAUGGCAGUGUGUCAUUUUGGAUUUAUCCCGAUACAGUGGGGAACCUAUGAAUGUACUAAAAGCUACAAUUAACAUCAUUUAAAAAUAUAAUACUGAAAAUGAAUUUAAGAUAAAGAGCCGGACUAGAUAAUGU